UCCGUACCUAGAACGUCGUGACGUAAACACGUAAUUUUCGCGGCAACACUCCCUUUUCUCUUUGACCCUGUGUUUGUGAGCAUUCUGUGGCGGGAGAUUGCAGCAUGGCGGUGCAACCUAAACAGAGCCUGUCCACGGAUAGCGUUGCAGAAAAUGGCUUUCUCAGCUUUUAUUUCUCCAUGCCUGAAAAACCCGACACCACUGUCAGGCUGUUUGAUCGCAGUGAUUAUUUUACUGUGCACGGGAAAGAUGCACAGUUUGCUGCAAAGGAGGUAUUCAAGACUAACGGGGUUAUUAAGACCAUUGGUUCAGGGAGCCGGAGACUGGAGAGCGUGUGUCUCAGUAAAGCGAACUUUGAGUCCUUCGUUCGGGAUCUCCUCCUUGUCCGGCAGUACAGGGUGGAAGUUUACAAGAACAAGGCCGGAAGCAAGGCGUCCAGAGAGCAUGACUGGCAGCUGGCAUACAAGGCCUCUCCAGGGAACCUUACCCAGUUUGAGGAGAUCCUGUUUGGCACCAGUGACUCCUCCACGGCGGCAGGUGUGGUGGGGGUGAAGCUGAGCAUGGUCGACGGGCAGCGGCAGGUCGGGGUGGGCUACGUGGACUCCACGCUGAGGCGGCUGGGUGUGUGCGAGUUCACAGACAACGACCAGUUCUCCAACCUGGAAGCCCUGCUGGUGCAGAUCGGACCCAAGGAGUGUGUGCUGCCGAGCGGGGAGACUGCCGGGGACAUGGGCAGACUCAGACAGGUAGUGCAGCGAGGGGGCAUUCUCAUCACGGACCGGAAGAAGGCAGAGUUCAGCACCAAGGACAUUGUGCAGGACCUGAACCGACUGCUGAGAGCCAAGAAGGGGGAGCAGGUCUCCAGUGCUGCCCUGCCUGAAAUGGAGAAGCAGGUCGCCAUGUCGUCUGUGUCUGCUGUGAUCAAGUUCCUGGAACUGCUGUCGGACGAGUCCAACUUCGGGUCGUUCGAGCUGACGACCUUUGACCUGAGUCAGUACAUGAGGCUGGACAAUGCCGCAGUCCAAGCGCUCAACCUGUUCCAGGCCUCCCCGGAUGACACCACUGGAUCCCAGUCUCUGGCGGGUUUGUUAAACAAAUGUAAAACCCCUCAGGGGCAGCGACUGGUGAACCAGUGGAUCAAACAGCCUCUCAUGGACAAGAACCGCAUUGAGGAGAGGCUGAACCUGGUGGAGUCCUUCAUAGAGGACUCGGAGCUGCGGCAGAACUUCCAGGAGGACCUUCUGCGCCGCUUCCCUGACCUCAACCGGCUGGCCAAGAAGUUCCAGCGGCAGAGCUGCACCCUGCAGGACUGUUACCGGCUCUACCAGGCCGUGGGGCAGCUCCCCAAUCUGGUGCUGGCGCUCGAGAGAUACGGCGGAAACCACCAGAUGCUGUUGAACGCUGUGUUUAUCUCCCCUCUGAACGAUCUGGUCAACGAUUUCAUCAAGUAUCAGGAGAUGAUUGAAACUACCCUGGACAUGGAUCAGGUGGAGCACCAUGAGUUCCUCGUGAAGCCGUCGUUCGACCCGAAUCUGAGCGAACUGCGGGAGAAAAUGGACAGCCUGGAGAAGAGCAUGCAGUCUGCCUUGAGCAGCGCGGCCAGAGAGCUCGGUCUGGAGGCAGGCAAGACUGUAAAGCUGGAGUCAAGCGCCCAGCUGGGGUAUUACUUCAGAGUGACUUGCAAAGAGGAGAAAAGCCUGCGCAACAACAAGAAGUUCACCACCUUGGACAUCCAGAAGAACGGAGUGAGGUUCACCAACAGCAAGUUGAGCUCCAGCAAUGAAGAGUAUAUGAAGAGCAGAGAGGAGUACGAGGAGGCCCAGAACACCAUCGUGAAAGAGAUCAUUAGCAUUGCAGCAGGUUAUGUCGAGCCGAUCCAGACCCUGAAUGAUGUGGUGGCUCAGCUGGACGCGGUGGUCAGCUUUGCUCACGUGUCGAAUGGAGCUCCCGUCCCGUUUGUCCGGCCGGUCAUGCUGGAGAAGGGUCGGGGGCGCCUCGUGCUGACUGCCUCCAGGCACCCCUGCAUUGAGGUCCAGGACGACGUGGCCUUCAUCCCCAAUGACGUGACCUUCCAGAAGGACAAGCAGAUGUUCCACAUAAUAACUGGCCCUAACAUGGGAGGUAAGUCGACGUACAUCCGCCAGGCAGGCGUGAUCGUGCUCAUGGCUCAGAUCGGCUGCUUUGUGCCCUGCGAGUCAGCGGAGAUCAGCAUUGUGGACUGCAUACUGGCUCGGGUCGGAGCGGGGGACAGCCAGCUGAAGGGCGUCUCCACCUUCAUGGCGGAAAUGCUGGAGACGGCAGCCAUACUGCGGUCGGCCACGGAGAAUUCUCUGAUCAUUAUCGACGAGCUGGGAAGAGGCACAUCCACGUAUGAUGGAUUUGGCUUGGCAUGGGCCAUCUCAGAGUACAUUGCCACCAAGAUCGGGGCUUUCUGCCUCUUCGCCACGCACUUCCACGAGUUGACGGCCCUGGCGGAGGAGGUGGCGACUGUGAACAAUCUGCAUGUGACCGCGCUGACGACUGACAGCACUCUUACCAUGCUGUACCGCGUCAAGCAAGGAGUCUGUGAUCAGAGUUUCGGGAUUCACGUGGCGGAGCUGGCCAGCUUUCCGAAGCACGUCAUCGAGAACGCCAAGGAGAAGGCCAUGGAGCUGGAGGAGUUCCAGACAGUCUCGAAAUCUGAAGAGUGCGAUGAGGGGCCCGCCACCAAGAAGCGCUGUCGAGAGAAAGAGGAAGGUGAACAGAUCAUUGAGGAGUUCCUUUCCAAAGUCAAGGCGCUGCCGAUUUCAGAGAUGUCAGGAGAGGCCAUCAAACGAGAACUGAAGAACAUGAAGGCAGCGGUUUUAACGAAGAACAACAGCUUUGUGAACGAAAUCAUCUCCCGAUCCAAAACCACUGCAUAAGUUCAAAAUGUCUGCCAUGUAGGUAUUGUGUAAAUCUGCUUAAUUUUAAAAAGUCGCUUCUAAAUGUUUAGUUUGUACUACUGUUUCAGUUGUCAGCCUGGGUGCGUUUUGCAGGUUGAUUGUUGAGGAAUGUUUAUUGCAGAAUGCACUUGCUUUAUUCAAUAAAGAUAAUCUCUGCAUA